CUGCCCCCUCUGGUGACCCCGCCCCCUCAGGCUCACCCGUCCUCCCUGUCGGACACGCCCACACCGUCGCCCUCGCCGUGCCUGAGCUGGACCGAGUUCUGUGAGCUCCACGCCCGCGUUGCGGCCGGCGACUUCGCACGCCACUUUCGGGCGUUUCUCCUGGAGAACCCCCACUACUCACCGGACUCGGCGGCCGCCUUCUGCCGGCGCUUCACCGACCGCUUCGUUCGACACUUCCAGACCGAGCUGGAGGGGGCGCUCCCACCGAGCUGCGCAUCUCCUUCUGCGAGGGACGACAUGGCGAGCUGGGCUCCCCAGUCAGACGCCACCUCCCUGGAAGAGGAGGCGGUCUCGCCCCUGUCGGUGUCCGGGGGCGCCGUCCUGCCGUGUCCCGCGACCAACGCGGCGACGCGGGCGCUAUCGAAGCCAACGCCGACACGGCUGGUGUUGGAAACACGCUGUGGGGACCGGUUUCAAGACUCCUACGCCCACAGCCAAGUCCUGCCUCCGUCUUCCUCGUCGUCGUGCUGCUCCUCCGUGGGAGGGAACAACGGGAGGCGUGAGGAGAGAGGGGCCAUGGUCGCCCCCGGUAAUGGGGAAGCCCCGGUUGAGGAAGAGGAGGACAGCUGGUUAGGGGUGGUGUCCGUCGGGGAAGACGUGGAGCCUGAAGAGCAAGAAGAAGAAGAGUCCGCAGAGGUGGACGACUCCUCCUAUGCCGCUCAGAUCACACCUUCCUCUCCUCCGCCGGACUCCAAAGGCAACGGCACGCCCAACUCCAAAAACAAACUGAAGAAGCGCUUUUCCCUGCGGAGCGUUGGUCGCAGCGUGCGGGGCAGCGUGCGGGGCAUCCUGCACUGGAGGAGCUCGUCCAGUGACUCGGCCCAGAGCCCGUUGCCCUCCAGCUACAGCUACACCAUGGGCGUGCAGGACGCCGCCUUGGUCACCAGCUCCAAUAGGAGCUCUGGUACGCAGCCUCCCACGCCCACCUCCUCCUCCAUGCCCGUCUCCCUGUCCAUGCCCCUCUCCCUCCCUCACUCCUCCUCCUCCUCGCUGCCGCCCUCGUCCUCGAGCAGUGCCACCUCCCUGUCUCUCUCGGAGGCCGCUCGGGACCGGCGGCGGAGCAACGGCGAGGGAGGCGAGAAGGAGAAGUGGAGCCAUCGUCUGGAGAAGCUCCGGCUGUCUCGAUCCCCUCCUCCCGUUCUCACCCCGACCGCCGGAGGCCCUCACUCCGCCUCCUCCAUGCUGCCCCCGAGCAGCGCCGCCGCCGCCGGAGGCGCGGGACCUCCGAGGAAGGUGGGCCGGCUGGUGAGGGAGGGUGGCGUGAGCGUCAGCUCGUCCACCGACGAGUUCAGCGGAAGCCACGGCUUCUCGGGCUUCUCGUUCGGCCUGCUGCAUCACGGUGCGGACAACAACAACUCGGCAUCGGCUUCGUCGUCGGCCGCCGCCGGUCCGGUGCAGCCGCUGGUCAUCGGGGGGAACGUCCCCUGGAGAGGAGGACGCUGGCACAAGUGUCGUCUGGUCCUCCGAGAGAGAGACCGGGAGGGGGGAGAGCGGGGAGAGGAGUUCUACCUGGAGUUCUUCAUCCCACCUAAAGUAAGUAACACUGAAGCAUGUUCACAGUCACCAGGUCGGCUUCAUUUAACCCUCUGAACACCCAAAAGAGUCUCAGGGCUCAUGUCACAUUUUUCUCUCUUUGGCCUCGUUUUUCUCUUCAGAAUAAAAGUCCUGCUCC